GUGUCCUUGGGCUAGAGAGCGGGACGUCUGCCCAAGAGUCUCUUCGUUUGUGGUUGACCAGCCCGGACCGAAUUUAAAAUGGGUGAUGUUGAAAAAGGCAAGAAGAUUUUUGUUCAAAAGUGUGCCCAGUGCCACACUGUGGAAAAAGGAGGCAAGCAUAAGACUGGACCAAACCUCCAUGGUCUGUUUGGGCGGAAGACAGGCCAGGCUGCUGGAUUCUCUUACACAGAUGCCAACAAGAACAAAGGUAUCACCUGGGGAGAGGAUACCCUGAUGGAGUAUUUGGAAAAUCCCAAAAAGUACAUCCCUGGAACAAAAAUGAUCUUUGCUGGAAUUAAGAAGAAGGGAGUAAGGGCGGACCUAAUAGCUUAUCUUAAAAAGGCUACUAAUGAAUAAUUCCACUGCCUUAUUUAUUACAAAACAAAUGUCUCAUGGCUUUUAAUGUAUACCAUAAUUUAAUUCAUACACCAAAUUCAGAUCAUGAAUGGCUAACAAUGUUUUUGUUGGACAGCCCCGAUUUAAGUAAAAUUGACUUGUCAUAAAGUGGAUAUGAUCUUUUUUAAGUAACACUUCCAAUUGAAUACAUGUUAUCACUGCUUUCCCUUUCUCAAGAUAAGAUUGGACUUAAUUAGUAAUGUUUUCCUUUCCAUAAAUAUGAGGGUGUCGCCUCAAACCUAUUGAAUGGUUUUAUACUUAGAUUUAUAUAACUGGGUAUAUGAAUAUGUUCAAAUCCUGGGAAAAUUCUGUCACUGUCUCAGAAACAAGAAGACUCACCCGUGCUUCAGUGUAUGUUCACUGGCCUCUGACAGGCAAUGCUAAACACCAGGAUGGAACUAUUCUUGACAAUGCUGUUUUAAUUAGAAUUCCCUACAUCAAUGAUGCUGCCUUUCACCACUGAAAGGCAUUUACUGUGGUUUAUGUAUAUCAAAUAAAGAGUAUUUAACACUUCUUUAUAGUUGAUCUACAAGUUAAAAUGCUUUUAAGAACAAGUUAGGCCUUUUAAAUCUUCUCUUAUCUAAGACUAAGCUGUAAUUCAGAAUUGUCCUUAAAUGCCCAUUCGGAAAGUCAUAACUGGAAUUUCUGUUCAUGCCUGAUUGGGAGUGGUACUCUUUUCUAACUUACUAGAUGGAAAGAUGAAAAUAAAGGAGAUAGUUUGUAAGUUA